UUAGCAAUCGAAAACAGCUGUUUUGGCCGUGGUUUUUAUUCGGGGUUUGUUGUCCAUUUUUAGCAAAAUGCCUUCAUCUGUAAUUGAUCCUUUGGAAUUGCUGACUGCCAAGGAAGAUCGCAAACCUUCUUUCUUGAGCAGCGUAUAUAAUCCAGCGGCAAGUACAGCCGCAGGUUUUGGCCUGGCAUGUAUGCUAAAUUGGGGCCUUCGCAAGCCAAUAUUUUCCGGUAUUCAAAAUCAUGUUGGAUUCGCUCUUCUUGGUCUGCUUGGUGGUACAUACCUAGACAAAAAGCGUAAUGAAGAACUAGCAACCCGUGAUGCUAUUCUAAGGCACUAUGUUCAACUGCAUCCCGAAGAUUUCCCACCCAUUCAGAGAAAGAAAUAUGCCGACGUCUUGGAGCAAUGGGUGCCCAUUCGUUAAGGUGAAAAACAAUAAAUGGCAACGUUGGAGAGUUUGUGGUUAAUUGGCAGACAAUUGUAUAUUUGAAUUACUCUUAUUGUAAUAGUAAACAUGGUUAAAAUAGACCACUCUAUGAAAAAACUA